AUGCAGCCAUCAAACACGCCCACAGGCCCAACCCCCCAAAAUACAACUUCAUGGCUCCAAACUGCCCUCGCCUCAAUCGGAUCUAUUUUCCAACCUUCCUCUAAGGAAGAUGAGUCUGAGACCGAUGCCAUCUCUGGAUGGGUUGGAACAAAGAGGCGACGCUGUCGAUCUGUUGGGGAGGCUCGUUGA